CAAGUGAGUGGAGAGUCUUUGGCGGUGACGAUUUAAUAGGCAGACAAAUACACACCCACUGGGCUCGACUUGCCUCGCAAAUGCUUUAAUUUUCAGGAGGUCCAUGCAUCAUUUUAGGCGACGUCAAAGGCAGGCAGGAUGCCAUCCACUGCCUCUCCCAUCUGAAACACACACAAGGACGCGAUUAUUCCAAGUGGACAGAUAGAGUAAAACCAGGUGCAUUAACAAUGUUUACAGGGCUCUCAGAUGUGAAGAAGAAGUGGGCAGCAGUUCGGGGUCGCCUGGGCUCCUCUCAGGACUCGGACUCCCAGCAGGAAGCCAACCUAGAGAGUGCAGAUCCCGAGCUCUGCAUCCGACUGCUCCAGGUCCCCACCGUGGUCAACUAUUCCGGCCUGAAGCGUCGCCUGGACCGCAGCGACCAGUCAUGGAUGGUCCAGUUCCUGGAGCUCAGUGGCUUGGAUCUUCUCCUGGAGGCCCUGGACAGGCUGUCUGGGAGGGGUUGCUCCCGCAUCGCAGAUGCCCUCCUGCAGCUCACCUGCGUCAACUGCGUCCGUGCAGUCAUGAACUCAUCAGCAGGGAUUCACUUCAUCAUAGAGAACGAGGGAUACAUCCGCAAGCUCUCCCAAGCCUUGGACACCUCCAACACCAUGGUGAAGAUGCAGGUGUUUGAGCUCCUUGCAGCUCUCAGCAUGUUCUCUACAGAUGGUCAUCGCCUUGCUCUGGAUGCUCUAGACCACUACAAGGGAGUGAAGACACAGCAGUAUCGCUUCAGCGUGAUCCUGAACGAGUUACAGGAAACAGACAACGUUCCUUACAUGGUCACGCUCCUCAGUGUCAUCAACGCACUCAUCUUUGGCUCCGAUGACCUCUUGCAGAGAGAUAAGAUGAGAAAGGAGUUUAUCGGGCUUCAGCUUCUUGACAUUCUGCCAAAAUUAAGAGAACAGGAGGAUGAAGACUUGAUUAUUCAAUGUGAAGCGUUUGUAGAGGCAAUGGCUGAAGAUGAGGAGGAGCUGCUCCGAAUAAACGGUGGCAUCGACAUGAGCAAUCACCUGGAGGUCUUCACCACUCUCUUCAACAAGGUGAGCAGCUCCCCAGCUUCUCUCCAGCUGCUGUCCAUUCUGCAGACGCUUCUCCUGCUGGGGCCGAGCCGCUCUGAUAUCUGGCUGGCCCUGGAGGCCAUCACAAACCGAGCUAUUUUGUUGGCCCAAGACUCGCAGAUGGGGUGCUUUGAGAAGAUCAUGGAGCGCCUGACAUUCUGCAAGGGCAAGAGCUGUGAGAGGCGUGACGAAGUGGACGGUCAGACAGUCAGGGUAGACAAGGCUGUGCAGACUGGUCAUGAGGAACAAAACCAGCUGAAUAAACGUACGUUGUCAUUUCGGAAGUCACUAGUUGCUGCUCCACCUCUUCCAAGUUUGAACUGGCCCCGAGGUUCUAUACAGAGUCCACUACCUGCACCACCCCCUCCUCCUCCACUUCCUGGAGUACUUGGUGGGCCUCCACCACCCCCACCCUUACCUGGUAUGGUACCUCCACCACCACCUCCACCAUUACAUUGCGGUCCAGGCAUGGCUGGCCCACCGCCUCCACCACCCCUGCCCGGCAUGAGCAACGGACCACCGCCUCCACCCCCCCUGCCUGGCAUGAGCAACGGAGUACCGCCUCCACCACCCCUGCCCGGCAUAAGCAACGGACCACCGCCUCCACCCCCACUGCCCGGCAUGAGCAACGGACCACCGCCUCCACCACCCUUGCCCGGCAUGAGCAACGGACCACCGCCACCACCUCCCCUAUUUGGCAUCCCACCCCCUCCACCGCCGCCCUCGGGUUUGAUUGUGGCUCAGAGCAGCUAUGCGUUGGGCUGCAACACACCUGCAAAGGCGAGCCGAUGUCCCACUCUGAGGAUGAAAAAGCUCAAUUGGCAAAAGCUCCGAUCUGUUGCUGAUGGUCACUCCAUGUGGGCUUCAGUUCAGAAAGAGCCUUCUCCUCACGAGCCGGACUAUAGCAGUAUCGAGCAGCUGUUCUGUCUCCCGGUGACCGAGCACAAAGACAAGGGGGCAGCUGCUCCUGUCAAGAAGGAGCCUAAAGAGAUAUCGUUCAUUGAUCCCAAGAAAAACUUGAAUCUCAACAUAUUCCUGAAGCAGUUCAAAUGCUCAAAUGAGGACUUUGUGGCGAUGAUUCAGAAAGGUGACAGAAGCAGGUUCGAUGUGGAGGUGCUAAAGCAGCUCCUGAAGCUCCUGCCAGAGAAACAUGAGAUUGAAAAUUUGAAGUCUUUCCAAGGAGAGAAGGAGAAGCUUGCGAAUGUCGACCGUUUCUUCACAUCGCUCCUUUCUGUCCAGUGUUAUCAUCUAAGGAUUGAGUGCAUGUUGUUGUGUGAGGAGACCGUGUCAGUUUUGGACAUGCUCCAACCUAAAGCCAAGCUGUUGGAGGAAGCCUGUCACUCUCUCAGGACGAGCACGCUCGUGCCCGUUUUCUGCAGGCUCAUUCUUGACGUGGGCAAUUUUCUCAACUAUGGAAGUCACACAGGGAACGCCGAGGGGUUUAAGAUCAGCUCGCUUCUCAAGCUUACAGAGACCAAGGCAAACAAGAGCCGCAUUACAUUACUUCAUCACAUUCUAGAGGAAGCAGAAGAGAGUCACCCAGAGCUGUUGGAAUUACCAGGGGACAUUGAGAUCUGUGAAAAGGCUGCGGGGGUGAAUCUGGAAUCCAUCCAGUCUGAAGCCAACGCCCUACUGAAACGACUGAAUGAGACAGCCAAGAAAGUCUCCAACUCUGUGGAGGAGUUGAAGGAGCAAUAUGCAAAAGUUCUCGAGGAAAAUCUGGAGUCUUGUCGAGCUUUGAGUGAAAGGUUCGCUUACAUCGACAAGAAGAAGAGCGAACUCGCUGUCUACUUGUGCGAAGAUGCAAAUCAGCUGUCGCUAGAAGAACUUUUUGGAACAAUCAAGACUUUCCGAGGACUUUUCAUCAAGGCGCUGAAGGACAAUAAGACCAGAAAAGAGCUGGCAGCCAAGGCUGAGAAGAGAAAGCAACAACUGGCAGAGGAAGAAUCCAAGAGACAGAGAGGAGAGAAUGGAAAAAUAAUCAAAAAAGGCUUUGUGCCACAAGACGACGGCUGCAUAAUCGACCACCUGCUGGCGGACAUCAGGAAAGGUUUCAGCCUAAGAAAGACUAGGCCAAGGUGCGAUUCGGAAAGCUCCCACUCUAGUGAAAUGCGUAGGGAUACCCGCGCACCUGGGUCAAGUGUGAAGCCUGCAGGCGAAGAAGUCGUAGACUUAGCCAGCAUUUCCGCCUCCACCACACCUCCAACAGAGGAUCACCAAGAGAGGCCAGGCGAGGUGAACGGCAUCAAUCAGCCAGGAGAGACUCCUUCGCCGUCUCAAGUUCCUACACCCAACCAAACCCCAGGACAAGCAGCCAAGACAACACCAGCACCCCCGGAAAGGCCGACGUUGCUACAGGAGGUUCUGAGCUCGACGACGCCUGCAAUAACGGAAACUAACCCUCGGGCGGAUCAUCAGCCGCUUCUUCUCACAGAUGGUUUUUCAGUAGAUUCAACUGAAACUAGUGUCUUCAGCCCAUCCUCCAUGUCAGACUCUGACCUAACAGAGGCUGUAUCAGAUGGAACUUGCAGUUUGGCACCUGAGAAAUUACCACCAGAGGAGUCAGCAGAUACUACUGUGAAUGUUCACCUCACAGGAAACAGACAAGCCAAUGAAAGAAACGACAGUGAAACGAGUGGAGGACAAAAUUUCGGUCAUGAGUCGACCGUUGCAAAAACACCCAUGCAGGAUGAAGUGGUGGGCAGAACGCGCUCCAAAAGCAAGGAGAAGACUCUUAAUGAGAGCAUCUUGGGGUGUGAUUUCAAGGUAGUUGAAACAGAAGAGGUGCCAGCGGUGUCUGAGGACAUGACAACUUCACAUAAGGCCAAGCCAAAGAAACUGCCAAGCGUCUGUAAACGCAACAAAAAGAAGAGUCCAGACUCUCUCAAAACACAAGGUAACAGUGGGAAAGGACACAUUAAACCUAAAAAGGGCUGUGUGUUGCAGUGAGGUGAGCCCAGAAAAAGAAGCUCCAGAGGAAAAAGAAGAAAUUGAUGUAACAGAGUAUAUAUUUUAUUUUGUGAACCCUCCUGAAGAUUGUUUCUAAACUAAAUUAAUUCAAAACUGGGAUUUUAGACAGCAUUUUGGAUGUCAAUGUGUCAAUGUAAAUUAACUUCCAAAAGACUUGGACAAUGUGCUUUAAAUGUUUAUUUUGUAUAAAUGUGUUGCUUUAAAUGAUUUCAGCUACUAAUAGAAAAUAUUGGAUAUCACCUUUUGAAACAGUUGGAUGUUAAUAUAUAAUCACAUUAUCUAAUAGAGUACUGGAUUGUAACUUUUAAUGUUUAAGCUAUUUUAAUAAAAGUCAACGUGGA